AUGCCAGAAAGUAGUGCAUCCCAGUCGAACGAGCCCUGCAGCAAGGACAACAUCAAGUUCACCGCUGCUUUCUCCUACCAGGUAUGCCCCAGGUGCAAUCACAUCCUGGAAUUGAGGUCCCUGGGAUGUUGCAUAAUUUGUGGUGCAACGUGUGAUUCCCUCGGUCAAGUCGGCAAGAAGCAGGAGGACGGGGGCAUGAGGUGCCCAACCAAUCGGAAGCCGUUCCAUGCAGACGACUGCCCAGGAUUGCCCAUGAUAUUGGAUUUGCACAAGGCCAUGGAAGAUCCAAGCAGUGUGGGCUACUCCUUUCAGACUGAGGGCUGGCAGCAAGCAUUCCAGAAUCGCUGGAUACACUCUUUCAAUGGUUUCGUCGGUGCUGAUGCAUUGGACCAGCAGUUCAUACAGAAGUACUCAAAGCUCCCUUUCAACACGCACACGCCUGUGGAGAAGAGGAUCAAGGUCUUCAUGGGCGAGUACGGUGAUCCAAACCUGGCAAGAAAUCCAGAUAAACUCAAAGAGGACUUGGAGAAGGCACGUAUGUUGGUCGAGAACAAGACGAAUGCAUUCGUUGGCUUCAACUUCUUCCAAUACCAGGUCGCCUACUGGAAGCCAUGUGAGGACAGCGCAGGUUGGGAUCGUUGGGAAGGAGAGGCGUGGGACAAUCCCAUGGACAAGCCUCUUCCACGUGGCUGCAGUGAAAGGCUUUAUGGCACAUUCUCGCUGGGAGACAUACAGGUCAGCAAGACAGGUGGCAUUAACUACGACAGCAAUAACGUGUACCCAGUCCAGUGCGUCAAGCCCAUCUUCCGAGGCAAGCCCGAGGCUAUCGCUGCUGCCUACGGUGGUUCUGUGCCAAACACGACAAUUUGCGAAGCAGGUUGGGAGGCGAAGCCAAAGCAGUACUGCGUCGCUUCCAGAGGAGACAUCGAUCCGUUGGGGGCUGGCCUGGGAUGGGUUUGCGACCAGCUUGGCCAAAUGGGCCAUGAUUGCACAGAGGGCUUGCCUGCUGCUUGUGCCGAUGACAUCUAUACCAAGAGUGACUGGGCCUUCUCGAUGUAUUUCGAGCUCAAGAAGGGCGAGGCAGAUGCGGCGUCUAUUUGCGACUUUGGUGGCGCUGGCGUCGUGACGGCACUUCCAGGCCGACUAGACUGCAUGGCGGUGAAGACUUCAGCGCCCACAACAUCGACGGCCUCGGCACCUACCACGACUGCCGACCCAGGAGAGCCAAAGAAUUCGUCUGUACUGGCAGACAAGCUGUGGUGGUUUCUCGCGGCAGCGGCGCUAAUCCUGGGGAUCGUCAUCUUUGUUCGCUCGCGGACCGGCGAGCCGAACGACUCGCGAAGCUCGCGAACUGUGCAAAGGGCCAGCGACACCCACCAGGAGUUCGAGAUGACGACUUCAACAUUACGGGCUUGA